CUUCCUUGAGCAGCCUGCUUAUCACUCCGUUCCCUUCACCAAGCUCCUCACUUCCCAAUAGUUGUGCGAGCAGCUACCAUCGUCGCUGGCGUCGUAGUCAAAAUACUAGUCUUGAAAAUGGAGUUUUCCCCAGAUGGUCAGUAGAGGAGAGCUUUAACAUGUCUGAUGAAAGCUGUAGUUCCAAUCCCUCCACUAUUCGAAAAAAGAAGAUUGCUAUUGGGGUUAUAUUUUCACUGUCAGAAGACGAGGAAGAGAAUAACAAGUUUCACGAGUUCUUCUUUGCUCAUUUUCCUCUCUUUGAGAGUCAUGUGAACAGACUGAAGUUUGCUAUUGAGCAGGCUAUGAAAAUGCGAAAUAGAAUUUCUGAGGCAAACCAGCGUGUUCUGGGUUACAGUAGGAUUGUAGAUGCUUUGAAUGAAUUCAGGACAGCGAUAUAUAAUCUUUACACCAUGCCAAGGAUUACAGAGCCUGUCUGGUUGACCAUGAUGUCUGGAACACCUGAAAAAAACCUGCUUUGCCAACAGUUUAUGAAGGAGUUGUCUUUACUGAUGGAACAAACAUCAAAGAAUCAGUUUCUACCAGCCCUGAUUACUGCUGUGCUCACAAAUCAUCUUGCCUGGGUCCCAACAGUAAUGCCAAAUGGUCAACCACCUAUAAAGAUUUUCUUGGAAAAACACUCCUCUCGUAGCGUGGAUAUGUUAUCAAAGUCAAACCCAUAUAACCCCCUUUGGGCCCAGCUUGUUGAUCUGCAUGGUGCAAUAGGUUCUCCAGUAAGAUUAGCCCGAACUGUGGUGAUCGGUAAACGACAGGAGUUGGUUCAGCGAUUGCUUCACUUCCUCACGUAUUUCAUUCGUUGCUCUGAGCUGCAGGAAACCCAGCUGGUGGUCGAGGGGGAUGGUGAUGCGGAAGUGAGCGAGUCAGUAAUGACCACGUCUCUGGAGAAAGGAGAGGUGGAAGAGUCAGAAUAUGUUGUGGUUACGCUUCACAGGAAUAAAAGUUCACUUUUUCCAACCAUAUUGCAAAACCAAAACUCUCUUUCGCGGGACAGUGCUGUGAGUUUGUAUCGGGAUGAGAAGUGCCCCCUUCAUGCUGCGAAAGAACAGCAUGAUGUUACCAGGCAGGAAGAAUCAAGUGAUACGUUUAUAAGAUGUCACAGGAACAUAUGGAAAGCCAACUGCAGUCCAAGUAGUUGUAGUACAAAUCUGACAACUCUUGGCAGAGAAGAUACCAUCAAGCAAUAUAAGGAAAGCAAAAACUACCUUCAGGAAGCCAAGACUGAAACACUGCUGUCUGUCAAAUCUGCAGCUGCAGGCCAAAGUCUUAUCAUAGAGCCUGUUGUCGAGAAACUGCCUCCUGAUAAGCAGUUGUCUACCUCAGUGCCCUGUAGUUCAAACCAUCUCCGAGGCAGUCCCAAUUCAAUACAAAAAGUCACCUUUCAGAUUGGCUACUCUCUGUCGCCUGACUCUGAUACAGAAGGCAAGAGAAAUGAGACUCAUGAGGCACUCAGGAAAGACAUUGAGGAGCUUAGAAAAAGAGCUCAGGUACAAGAGGUGUUGCCUGUAACUCUGGACCAAAACAAAAUUAAUAGGACAAAGGAUACAUCAUGCAAAUCAUACGAUUAUAAAUGGGAUUCUACACAUGAAGGAAGUAUGAGCAUGUUUGACGAAUAUUUUACUGAAGAUAAUUUAAUAGAAACAAAGACCAUCGAUGAUCUUCCCAAAGAGGAUCAGAAAGUUGGGCAACAAGAAAUUUCAGAAAUGGGACUUCAUAUUCAGAACAAUGAACAGCAACGUGACUUGAGUGGGAACAGUUGCUUGUGCACUUGUAAGAUAUAUGGAAUGGAUUUAGAUUCACACAUUCUUAGUUCUGCUGAGCAGGACUGCAGAGAAAAGGUCUCUGUUGAUGACCCCUGUGGGGAAGAAGACCAGAAAAAAGCACCUUUUGGUGUUGAGUGGGACAUCCCCCGAAAUGAGAGCUCAGACAGUGCCUUGGGUGACAGUGAAAAUGAGGAUGCGGCUCAUGAGUCAUCCAAACAUUGUUGCUACAGUACGGAGCAGGAUAGCUGGCUGGAACAGAUGGAGCUACCUUUCCCAAGGUCAAGUGUAAUUGAAAUCAGCCACAGCAAACCCAGUAUGGCAAAUUUUGGAAGGUCUCUUUUUGGUGGUUAUUGCCCUUAUUAUGUAUCUGACUUUGUUCUGCAUGGAACAGGCAGUGAUGAAAAGCUGAAGCAGUGUUUGGUAUCAGAUUUAACGCACGCUGUACAACAUCCGGUGUUGGAUGAACCUAUAUCAGAAGCUGUUUGCAUUAUCGCGGACUUGGAUAAGUGGACAGUGCAGGUUGCGAGUAGCCAGAGGAGAACCACAGACAGUAACAGACUUGGCAAAGAAGUACUUGUAUCCAGCUUAGUAUCUAACUUGCUUCAUUCCACGCUGCAGCUCUACAAACUAAAUCUUUCACCAAACUUUUGUAUAAUGCAUCUUGAAGAUCGGCUGCAGGAGCUGUAUUUCAAAAGCAAAAUGUUGUCAGAGUACCUUAAGGGCCAAAUGAGAGUACAUGUCAAGGAGUUGGGCAUGGUAUUAGGGUAAGGAGUUCUGAUGUUUGGAAUGACUAUUUGGAUUACUAUUCAGUAGUCUCAUCUCGGAGUGCAAGUCUAUGUGUGUGUUUCUGGAUGUCAUCUAAUUAAAGGAAUGAAUGGAUGUCCUUGUGAUGCCUUUCCUAAUUUAACAGCCUUCCAACAUUGCUGACAAGGAUCAUUAUAAAAUGUGUGUUUUAGUGAAGUUUUGGGGGUAUCUGGCCCUGGUGGCACUGAUGAAAGGUGAAAACAACUGCACGCAGAUAAAGGGAUAAUGAUGAAAGAAGUAUAAACAUUUUCCCCGGUGCAUUUCUUCUGUUUUGUUCUGAAGGCAAAGGACUAUAACUGGUCAGACUGCCUGGCAGUGAUUAAGGCACCUGAAACAACGAUAACAAACACAGCCCUGUUGACCCUGCAAAGUCCUCCUUUACACAUCUGGGAGCUCGUGCCAACAUUGGGAGGACUGCCUCCCAGAUGAGCCCAGCAACAGCCUGACAUAGUCAUAAUCACAGAAUCAUACCUUAUACACCAUAUCCCAGAUGACACCAUCAUUAUCCCUGGCUAUGUCCUGUCUCACGGCAGGAUAGACCCAGCGGAGGUAACAGCAAAGUGGUACACAGCAGGGAGGGAACUGCCCUCUGAGUCCUCAACACUGACUCCGGACGCCAUGAAGUCUUCGGGCAUCAGGUCAAAACUAAGCAAGGAAACCUUCUGAUUACCACAUACUGUCCCCUCUCGGCAAUGAAAUCAGUACUCCUUCUCCAUGUUGAACAACACCUGGAGGAAGCAUUGUGGGUGGCAAGGGCGCAUAAUGUACACUGCUUCAGGGCCUUCAGUGUCCACCACUAAGACUGGCUCGGCAGCA